AUGGCGGGGCCGCGGGACGUGGCCGGGCUGCGUCUCUGCCCGGCCGAGCUGCGCUUCGUGGACGCGGUGCCCGGGGGCCGGUACCGGGCGCUGCUGAGCGUCCAGAACCUGCAGCCGGGGAGCCGCCGCCUCCAGCUGCUGCCGCCGCGCUGCGCCCAGUUUAAAUUGAUUGUGGAAAAUCCAGAUAAACCUGUUGCAUCUGGUCUUCAAGUUACAGCUACUGUGGAAUAUCAUCCUGACAGUGAGGAGGACCUUCGAGAUAGACUACUCCUUUUGGUAGAAGAAGAUGUAAUUGAGAUCCCUCUGAUAGGAUUAAUUCCAUGCUGUUAUCUGGAAAUUGAGCCGGAGAUUAAUUUUGGCACAGUGAUUGCAAACAGUAAAGUAAUUAGUAGAGAAAUUAGUAUUACAAACCAUGGAUCAUCUCCAGGUGCUUUUAAAAUAGACUACAAUGGAAGUGUCCCUGUUAACAUAGUACCUACCAGUGGAGUGGUGGAACCCAAAACAUUACAGUUGGUUAAAGUGGAUAUCUGUACAGAUAUACCCAGAGUCAUUAGGGAAGUAGCAAAAGUGGAAUUGCAAGGUCGUGGUAUUACAAACUUAAGGAUAGAAGCUCAUGUAGUUGAACAAGUUCUUGAAUUAUUAGGUGUGUCUCAUGAAAACACACUAGAAUGUAUUCAUUUUGGAUCUGUCUAUUUUGGAACUUCAAAUACUGAACAAGUGGUUCUGUACAAUAAAAGCCCAGAGACCAUGAACUGGGUGGCAGUACUGGAGGACGAUGCUGUUGGAGAAGAGAUGGGCACGCAUCUUCAGAAGAGUACUGAUGCUGUUUUACAAGAAUUGAGCUUCAUAAAUAGAACCAAAGAACUAGAUGUUUCAACUUUGAUCUCCUGCAUUCCCAACCAAGGAACCUUGCUACCUUAUCAAAAAACUGUGGUCACACUGUGCUUUUGUCCAAAGCAAUUUAAAAGAGACAUUGGACUUACUGAAUUUCCACCAAGACAAGAUUAUGCACUGUUUUUGAGGUUUGAGGCCAUAGGAAGUAAAGAGAGCUUUCUGCAGGCUCUGAAUGGUGACAGCAUGCCAAUCAAAGAGACUCAUCCUCAUCAUGUGGAGUUAGCUUUGACAGGUUCAGGGCUUCCUGUCAUGUUAACUUUCAGUCCAGGACCAGUUGUUAAUUUUAUGGACUGUUUCAUGGGUGAACACACAGAGAUUAUGUGCACUCUCAAAAAUGAAUCUGAGUCACUUCCAGUAACAUUCAGCUUCCAUAAGAUAGCGCAUUUUAAUAUUUGUCCCGAAAAAGGGAAAGUAAAAGAAAAAUGUACAAAGGAUGUGAUGUUUUCAUUUGCUCCACGUCAAGCAGGAACCUUUAAAGUGAAGCAAGUCGUAGAUAUUUUCGGUUCAGUGGCAGAAGAAGAUAACUUACUGUCUUUGAAGAUCAAACCCUUUCAUCAAAUACAUUUAAGUUUUACUGGUGUAUGCAAACCGAAAACCAAGAAAAUUAUGUUUAAAAUCAACCCUGGCAUAACACCAAUGAUUACCAAUGCAACUGGACAGUUGGUAGCUGAUGAGAUUGGGCGAUUUAUUGAUUUUGCACCAGUAGCAAUGCUUCGAUCAGCUCAAACGCAGAUGCAUACUCACCAGAUAAAUAGGGACUGUAAAAGUGAUGCACUUAUAGCCUUUCCUAAUGAUCGCUCAGCCAGCAUUAGGCCCAGUGAACGACAUAAAAAAUAUAGGACUAUUUUUACGAAAGCUGACCGAUAUCAUUAUGUGGAUCCAGAUUUUGCUUAUACUGACUAUGAAGAACUGGAAAAGCAAGCACAUAAGGAAUACUAUGCAGAUUUUAUUCAAAGUUUAAGACAGCGUCGCUUACAAAAAGAAGCUACUAGGAAAUAUAACAGUCUUAACAAUCCUGUGAACAUAGGCCUAAAACCAGCUUCGGGGCUCAGGUCACCAAAGAUCACAAUGACAGAUUUACACAAGGAGAAGCCGAAACUAGAAACAACUCCUUUAAAUGAGGACUGCCUGCUAAGUAGUCGAAAGCUGGCAGCAAUUGAAUCUGAAUCCUUAGCCAAAGAGGUUUAUGACGGGCUUAAUGCUGUACCAUCUUCUCCACAAGAGAAGGAAGAUUGUAAUAUAACUUUGACACCAAAACAGCUAUAUCAGAUACUCAUUGGUCCCUCCACUAUAGACUUUGGUGAAGUUUGUGUGCACUCUGCAUCAACGAGAAAAAUGCAUAUCAUCAAUAAUCUGCCUGUGCACGUCUGGAUACAAGUAGAAAUUGAAAGUGAGGAGCUACAGCAGACUAGUCCACUGUCCCAUGUGUUGCCACCUCUUUCGAAGACUUACAUUCCAGUAGUUUUUGAGACUAAUACUGUGGGGAAAUUUCAGAAGUCUUUCACUUACACAAUAAACAACAAACAUACUGGGCAUGUGCUGAUAGUUGCAAAAGCAGUGCCAGUUGCCCUUGAGCUAUCUGCAAGGGAGCUGAUUCUAAAUCCAACCCCUGGUUUCCUUGUGGAAACAAGCUUUAGAACAACGGUCAGAUUAUGCAAUCGCAGAAACUAUCUUGCUGAAUUCAGUUGGAAACCUAUAGUCACAGAUAAAGGAAUAGCAUUUUCUAUACGGCCAGCCAAAGGUAUUGUAGAAGCAUACAAAGACCUGGAGUGUGAAGUGGUUUGGCAUCCAGGUUUCUGCUCUCCAGAAACAGGAGAAUUCAAUCUGUGUGUACAUCAGGGAAACACACUUAAGCUAAAAUGCCUUGCAAAGCUUGGGCCCACCAGUAUUCAGUUUAUGGAACAAAGGAUACCUUUCCAUCAUGCUCCUCUAGGAUUAACUACAUGCAAGACAGCCAUUCUUCAAAACACAGGACAUAAUCAUGCAUACUUCCAGGUUCUUGAUUCGAACCCCCUGCCUGGAAUGACUAUCACUCCUUCUCAGGGGGUAGUACCUGUUGGAGGCCACGCUGAUCUCAAAAUCGACUUCACCCCCAAUGCAGUAAUGAAAUUUGAUACCAGAGUGGAGGUAGCCAUCCGCCAUGGAAAAGUAUUGGAAUUUAGGAUUGGUGGAUCUGUAGAGGCCCCUGAAAUAGGCAUUAGUGUAGAAUCCUUUAACUUCCAUGGUGUUUAUGCUGGUUCCACCCAAAGAAUUCCCUUUUUGCUUCAGAACAAAGGAGUAGCACGUGCAAGGGUGGAGUUUGAUUUAUCCAAGUAUAAAGACUUUACACUGAACUUCAAAGACCAAUCAGUGGUUGAUUAUUAUCCUCCGAGGCCGUAUUUAUAUUCUGUGGUGUUAGAGGGGAAGUCAACUCUGGAAUGUUUGUUGUGCUUCACACCAAAAGAAGUGGCAGCAUAUGACUUCAGUCUUCCAGUGAACAUUAAUUUCAGUGAGGUUCCAUCUUCUCAGCAAAGCACUACAGCUACGACGCCUUCUGGGUCAGGAAAGCACAUAAUUGUUCCUCGUCCUCAAAUUCGGUCUAUGACUGCUCCAUUAUGUACAGUUCAAGCAACUGUACUGCAGCCUCCACUUGAGUUCUCCACUUCAGAGCUGGUAUUUCAGUCAAGAAGCAUACAUUUAGAGAUUGCUGAUGAAAGUCUGAGCACUCAGAAGUUUGACCUGAAGAAUAUCUCAAGGCAACCGGUGACAUGGCAAUUAGAUCUUGAUGGUGCAGGAAAAGCCAUAGAAGAUGGCAUUUUUAAAUUUAGUCUGUGUGCUGGAGUUCUUGAUCCAGGACAAAAAACUAGUAUCACCGUAGGCUUCUGCCCAUCUUAUCCUGGGACGUAUGAAGCUGAAGUGCCAGUGUUUCUGAAUGAUAACCCAUCUCAUUGCAAACUAUUAACUCUGUCUAGUACUGUCAAGUCACCUAAGAUAAACUUCGAUCCCCCAUUUUUGAUAUUGAUGCCUGUUCCUCUGGAUAUGAAAACUGAGAUGUAUGUCAAUAUUAUUCCAAAAGACUACUCAAGGCCGUCAGCACUACAAGUUGAAAUUCCAGAGCUUGAAUUUGAAGAUGGUGACAAGAUUAAUCCCCUUUCUGUGCAGUUUCCAAGUGGCCAAGUUAUUGCAGUCUCACCAGAGGGGACAAAUGUAGGACUCACUUGUCAUAUCAGCUUCAGGUCAUCUAGGCCAGUGUCAUUUUUAAGGAACAUAUUCUUCAUCGAUGAUGAAAAAAACAGGUUCUCACUUCAGGUUGCUGCCACAGCAGAGAACUGCCUUCUUACUGUAUAUCCAUACCUGGCAUUCCACUGCACAGACCAACAAAUUGUCUUGAGAAGUGACCAUAAUGGGAUAAUCUACAACAAUGGAGAAGCUGUUUUGCAUCCCUGUUACACUCCAGGAUCACUGUCCCAUAGUACUUCCUCCAGUUCCCUUUGUGCAGUCACUAACUCAGCCUAUGAAGGUUCUUCAGAAUCGGAAAAUAUGCUUGAAAAUGAAUGGGUGAAAAAGGAUGAAGCUGACAGCCAAAGUCAGGAGAGAGAAAAUAAAUUUCAACUAUCGCUUUUUCCUGACGAAGACAGAGAGGAACACAUCUUCUUUCAGAAAGUGAUAACUGCAGUUCAGAACUGGUUCACUCUUUUUGGUUGGUCUAAGGGACCUAAUCCUAUUUCUAUUCCCCACUCAUUAAGGCGUGAUGUGUGUAAAAUCCAGAUGACUUCAUCUGAUGAAAAAGUUAUUAAACAAAACCUCGGCAAAGAUACGAAGACUGUUUAUGACAUGCUCCUCCAUCUGAGUGGACAGUUGCUACCAGGAAUUACUUCGAGCCAGUCUUUGCCCUCUGAUCCUAUUGAACGAGUAAUCCAGCUCCACUGGCAGCAUUCUACAAUGCUCACUUUCCUCAAAAGCCAAGGAGCAUGCCUUCCUCAUGUUAUGCCUGAAUUUCUGCUUGAACCUGAUGAAUAUAAGAAAUGGAUUGGAUUGCAAAUCGCAUUGAAGGUUCAGAUGACUGAGCUGCAAAAAGCUAACAUGAAGAACUCUGAAAUUUUUAACAAUAAGAGUCUGUUUGUUUUGGAUGAUAAUGUAUUCGAGACCAUGAGCAAACGUGUAUGGACCGAUGUACUACUCCAGGUAUACAAGGUGUUGGUCCUUGCACGUGUAUCAUCACUUACUACCAGUAAUCUGUUGAGCUCAGAAAGCCUGCAAAGCAUGCCAAGAAUAAAUGCUGAGCCUUUAUCCAGUAAUAUAUAUUCUCCAUCUGAAAGACUCCUCCUUACCUGGCUGAAUACACAUUAUGAGAAAACCAGAAAAAUUGUGUGGAAAGACUGUCAAAAAGGUGAAGUACCACCUAUGAGAUGGAUAGUAAAUUUUGACAGAGAUCUUCUAGAUGGUCUAGUAUUGGCAGCACAGGUGGCAGCUUAUUGCCCAUAUUUGAUUUCAACUCACUUUACGAAUAUGUAUACUAAUCCGGGAACUCCUGAACAAUGUCUGCACAAUUGCUUGAUACUCGUGAAUGCUUUUCAUGCCAUCAGCCUUGAUAUAGGUGUACAGGCCACCGACAUCUGUGAUCCAAACCCAGUCAUGAUGCUUAUGCUCUGCGUCUAUUUAUACGAAAGGCUCCCUCAGUAUUUACCCAAGAAGACUGUUGAAUUUACUGGAGCUUUCCAUGCUACUGUUGUUAGACAGGUGCGUCUGAAAAACCCAAGCUUUAAACCUUUGGUGUACAACGCUACAAUUGUAGGAAGAGAGUCUGCUGAUUUCUUAUUACCUAAAGGAAACACUGUCGUCAUUGCCCCAAAGAGCCAAAUAAAUAUAAAUGUGGAAUUCACUAGUCGCUUUUUACAUCCUGCUGAAGCAAUGUUGUUGUUGGUUUCGAAGACUGUAAGUGGAGUAGGAGGUACAACAAUGACUUUCUCUCUGAAAUCUAAAGUCAGCCGUAUUGACCCUGCUGGUGUAAUAAAAUGCAAAUCCCCAUGUUAUGAACGGAAGAAAGUUAGUCUGAAUGUUACUAGUCCCUUCAGAACUGAUGGAAUAUUCAGAGUUAUUUUAGUGGAAUCUACAACUUACUUGACUGUACCUGAGCAAUUGCAUCAAGCCAGCCAAGUAAAGCAAGGCAAAACACACAGUUCUGGAUGUAAUGUACUGAAUAGUACAAGUGACGUGGGAGGUGAAGAUGUACUGUGUCACAAAGAGAACAACUCAAAUGGCUUUAAUCGAUUCAAUCACCUACAAGAGUUCUUCAGUCCAGUGUGCACACUGUACUUAGAAGGGAGAAGUUCUGCAAACCUGGAUCUUUACUUUCUUCCUUUUAAUCUGGAAAAGCGCUAUUGCACCAUCAUUCUGGUCAAUGACCUGGUUGGAGAAUUUGUUUACCUGGUAGAGGGAACAUGUGGCAUACCUUUGCCGUCAGGCUUGCUUCCGAUGGAUAGUCCAAAUGUUCUACACAUUAGCAGUACUUUAAAAGGUCGCAGUGCAGUACAGCCAGUUCUGUGCUUGAAAUGCGGUCUCACUGAUAUUCUUGAAGAAACGCUGAAGAUCCCCUUGAUUAAUGAAGCUAGGGAGAAGGCUCUAGCCAUUGCAGCACAGCAGCAGAUGUCAGCUCUCGAACACAAGCGAAGAAAGGUCACAGGAACACUGGAGAGCAGCAGUGUUCGAGUCGCAGUUGCAGCCUUAGGGCUGUCCAGAAUUGAGAGAGAUGCACUGUAUAGGCCUACUAAAUACCCCGAAAAGUUAAAAUCUGUGGACUACAGUAUAGAAGUGAGCAUGCCAGAAUAUUUUGAAAUCCCUGAAAAACUCUCUAUUCCCGUGUCAGCAACAAGCAAAGUUCAUUCUAAAGCCUUUUCAGAGGAAGACCAGCAGGCUGUGAAAGCAACAGAUAAAGAUACAGCAGUUGAACUUCCUAUAAAGUUUACUCCACGAUAUCCUGGUCGCUAUCCCUGCCAGAUUCUGCUGCAAUCUUUCUAUGAUAUUCGGGUCUACUUGAUUGAGUGUGUGGUGAAUACAGACAGCGCUGAGGCUGAGCUUGAAUUUGUCACACCAGCCUAUCAGGCCGUGAUUCAGGACAUACCAGUAAGUAAUAUGUCUAAUCAGGACUGGAAACUUCAAGCAAUCCUAGAGGGACAUUGUUUUUAUGGCCCUCCUCUCAUAUAUGUGGGUCCAGGUGAAACAACACAGUAUCCUCUCAUGUUUAAGCCCAUUGCUGAGUGCGUCACUCUGGGCAAGCUUAUUCUACAAAAUGAAACAGAUGGCACUGAACACAUCUUUGGCCUUAAGGGAAUAGGGAGGAAACCUCUUGCACUGGAUCAUAUCGUAAUAGACUGUCAAGUGAGACAAAUUACUCAGAAGGUCCUAAUGGUGCCCAAUUAUACAAAGAACAAGUUGACAUACAAGGUGACUUCAGAUCUUCCAAUGGUGGCUGGUACUCCAAACCUCACUGUAGAAGCUGAUGACACAACCGCUUACACUCUGAAUGUAUCUGCAUGGAAACGAGGAAUAUUUAAAGGUGUAAUUUCAUUUAUUGUCGAAGUUGAAGAACAACAGCAGUCUCAACAUAACAGCUCACCGGAGGAGACAGAUGGUGAACAGGCCCUUCAGAAAUUGUCAACAGAGACAUCACAAACUGUUGAUGCAGCAAACACUGGAGGAAAUUCUUCAUGUUGCAAAGUGUGGUUUUCCUUGGAGAUUAAUUGUAUACCCUGUGCACCUGAAAGAACCUUGGAUGUGAAGUGUGCAGCUCUGGAUACCAUUGGCAUUGAAAUUCCCAUCACUAAUCCUACACCUGAAACUCUACAGUUAGAUGUAGUGUUAAUGGGUGCUGCACUUAGUGGAGAAACAAUUCUUGUUCUUCAGCCAAAAGAAACUCUGUCCUAUGAAGUAAAAUAUUCCCCAGCUAGUACUGGCACUUCAGAAGGAAGUAUUAUAUUCCUGUCGGAGAUGGUUGGGGAGUUUUGGUAUGCAUUGAAGCUGACGUCAGAGAAACCAUUGCCAACUACAUUACCUGAAAUAGAAUGUGAGCUUGGAAAAUGGGUCCGUAUGUAUAUCCCUCUGCUUAAUCCUACGCAUGAAACCCUAGAACUGGAAAUUGUCAACAGCAAUCCUGGAAAUUUUUCAAUAGAGACUGACCCAAGGAAACCUCUGAUGGUGGCUCCUCAUUCCACUACUGAAGUACCUGUUCAGUUCUGUCCUUCUGCCCUGGGAAGAGCCAAUCACAUGGCAUCAAUCACCUUCACAUGUCCACAGCUUAAUGAGUGGAUAUUUCAUCUGUCUGGGGUUGGCCUUAUCCCUCAGCCAAUGGAACCAGCUAGCAUAAGUACUUGUAUUGGUCGUCAUUCUUCCAUCAUCAUAUCCUUCAAAAAUCCUACCACUGAAGAUAUACUGGUAGAUGUGCUGUUAACAGAUCAGGAACAGACCAUAUGUCCUCUCAGUGCAUCUGUCCUGCAUCGCUCCAGCAGUAAGGAGUUUGCUUUCUAUCUUCCACUGAAGCAGACGCAAGCAAUCCCACUACCUCCAAAAGGUAAACUGGACAUCCCGGUGUUGUUUGUGCCUGACACAAUGAAAUUGUAUGAAGCUGUGGUGAUUGUUCAUGUAGUGAAGGAGAAUGGUGAAAACUGGCCCUAUGAUGAUCCUGCUGAAUUAAACAAAGAACUGAAAAGCAUCACCACAUCAGAGAAUGGGGAAAUCCAUGGAAUAUGCUGGAUCUACCCAAUUCAUGGAAUCCCUGAAGCACAACCGUAUAAAUCAGCACCAGCUGUUGUAAGCUGUCGAGCCAGAAACAGAGUGGAGGAGCGAGUGGAAGUUCUGUUAACUGGUGUGGUUCCUGGAACAACCGCUAUGCCAGCAGCAAAAAAUGUUAUGAUCACCACUAAAAUUAAGACACCCAGUGUCCAGGAUGAAGUUCAGGUUACUGCCGGUUUUUUUACAACAGAUGAAUUUCUGUAUGAAAUUCAAUAUGAAUCUAAUAAAGUUAAAUCUCAGCUAGAGUCUUCAGUGGCUAUAAAUCUGGUGCAAAAAGAUCGGGAUGCAGAGUCCGGGAUUAUAACACUGACCUUCAAUAUCGUAUUUGCACCUAACAAACCAAUGAGGAAUUCAGCAACAUUGGUGGUACGGUGCACUACAGGUGGUGUCUGGAAGUUUCCAAUACUGUUACUUGCCACUGAGCCAGAAGUAGACGAUGUCAUCAAUAUUGAAGCAGCCGGCUUAAACAAAGAAUCAGUGAUUGGCUUUAGGCUUACAAGUCAGACAAGGUAUCCCGAACCAUUCACUGCAUACUUCCUGCCAGGCAGUGACCCAGAGUUUGUUGUAUUGCCUCAAGCUGGGGAACUUCUUCCACUUGACACUAUUGGAACCCGUAUAACCGUUGGAUUCAAGCCAAGUAUGUACAGCAAGAAGCAUAAAGCAACUUUAGUAAUUCAGACAGCAUCAAUGCAAUGGACAUAUGAGAUCAAUGGGCUGCCUCCACAGACCACACCACCGACUGCGUCAGCAAAAGUAGUUUCUACUAGUGGUUACAUGAGGUCAGCCACAGUUCGACAGCGCAACUUUUUACGUGAAAAUCUGAAGCUAAUUACCACUGGAGUAUCCUCCCCUGUCAAAGGUGCACCGCUGGUCUUAAGAACAAAAUAAAAAUAUACUAGUCUUAAUUUGCCAUCUGUGGAAAAGUAAUCUUUUGUAAAAUCAAUUAUAAAGACCCAAGGAGGACUUAUUUUAAAAUUAUACAUAAUGUCUUGAUAUUUUAAAACCAUCCUGCUUUGAUGGUGGCAGUGGGGAACUAAAUGUAUUUCUUUCUGUCUUGAAGAAAGGUCUGUCUGGUGAAAAAAGGCCCCUAACCCUCAAGGUUAGUUCAAUAUUAUUUGUUUGGUAGCACAUUUAUAGUAAAAAAUUAGAGAGUUUCUAGUGAAAACUCUGUCACUUUUCUGGAGCUUUAAGAUGUUCCGUUCUCAAUCAGAUGUAGGAUUUGAAGUUUCUUACCUUUACUCAUAAAAUUAAUGUGUCUUGCAUUAGGUUUUAAGGGUUUUUCUAUUAUAAGAAUUUAUCUUAAGUUUACCUGAAGUUUGGGUUUUUAUGAAUGUUAAAAUAGAUUCAUAUUAUAUUUUUUCAAAUACAAAAGGAUUUUAAAUUUGUACCAGGAGGUUUUUAAAUAUAAAUGUAUCAUACAAAUUGCUUUAUAGCAUAGCAGUGAGUUCCUUUAAUUUGGGCAAAAUAGAUUUGGAAAAAACCGUAAGGUUUUAGGGCUUUGGGCUAAUGCUGGGCUUACUAAAGCACUUCAGUUUUAGUAAGUUUUAAUAUGGGACACCACAGUUUUGCACAUA